AUGCUCAUCCACAGAGCAGAGAUAACAGAUGGACUUCUGAUCAGUGCGGCAGAACAGCUUCUUCACCUCAUCGUGGACAGAGCAGAUGUUCUCGUGGAGCUUCUUGGAGGGCUCCACCAGCUUGUGUUUCUUAAACGAAGCCACAUCAUAAUGAGGCUGAAGGUGUUCCUCACAGAUCAGAAGGGAGUUCACAGCUGCCCUCAAUGCAGGAAAUACUGCAUACCGAGGCCCGUCCUGGUAAGAAACACCAUGUUAGCAGCUUUAGUGGAGCAGCUGAAGAAGACUGGACUCCAAGCUGCUCCUGCUGACCACUGCUAUGCUGGACCUUAA